AUGCAUGGCUCUGAGAUUCGAACGUUGUCACAAAACAGCACGAACAAAGCCGUCGUCUCGUUCUGCUCUACGGUUGUCGGAGGAGGAGGAGGAGGAACGGCCGCGACGAUGCACUUGGCUCCAAUUGCUUCGACGAGCGCAAAAAUCUCCACAUCAGCAAGCUCCAUCGACAACGGUCGAACGAAUCUACAGAAGCACCGAAAAGGGCAUCGUCACCACACUGCAGAGUCAGCCGAAGUCACCACUCGCGAAGUUCGUCCAGACAAGAGAACGGAGAGAUCCGUGUUUGCACGAGGAAAGGAAAACGACGCCGCAACGACAGAAAUGCUUCGAUCGAAGAUCGUUGAGCUGGAGGAAGAAGGAGAAAAGCUACUCAAAUGGUGCACCCAGCAGAAGAAAAAGAUUGAAGAACAAAGCGACGAAGUCCAACGACUCAACAGCCUUGUAGCCCCCCUCGGCGAAGAAAACCGCUCUUUGAAGGAGGAGUUGGAAGGUCCGUACUACACUAGGAUCAUAGAUCAGGCCAAGCGCCUCCUUGACGAGAACGAGAAGCAGGACGAAGAAAUCCAACGACUCACAAAUGCAGCAGGGGCUUCCAGUGAAUACGCCCGCUUUUAA